AUGAAGAUUUCUCUCAAACCCAACGAAAUGGAAACAAAUUUGGCAACACUUCCCGAGCGACCCAAACGUGUUCGGCGAUGGCAUCAUCGAGGCUUCACUGGCUGCUCCACCUGCAAAAGCAGACAUGUCAGAUGUGAUGAGGCUUUUCCAGCCUGUCGUAACUGUGUAAAAAGGGGCCUCCAGUGUGAUGGUGCCCAAGGCACGACGACGUUCAAGUUCUACAACCUUGAUCAGAAUGCGGCUAGUGUUACUGAGCCGAGUGUCAAACGACGAAAACCAAAGAGCGACGAGAAAGGCAGCAAGUUCCUCAAAAAUGAAGGGAAUGAAGAAAAGCGCAUGCAAGAUAAAAUCAAACCCCCGGUUUCAGUUCGAGGCAAUUACAUCACCAUAUCGAAGCCAUCGUUUCUCCCAGCCUCUGUAUCAUCGCCAGCAGAUCUGUAUUAUUCUCAUUUCAUUAAUACGGUUUCAACCCUCCUAAUUGUGUACGACACCGAUUACAACUUGAACCCAUACCGUUAUUUGUUUCCCAAGUUUUCUCAUACGUCAAAAACGUUACCUGAAGCAAUGAAGGCCCUUGGAGCCCUCCAGAUUGCGAAUACUACAACAGGAAAAUCCCAGAUGUGGCAUAUGCAGAACGCCAUGACGAUGUACGGCAAAGCCGUGCGGUCACUAAGGCAAACAUUACGAGCUGGACCAGGGCACUGGCAACCGACUGACCUUGCUACGUGUUUGCUGCUUUGUUUCUUCGAGCCUUCCCUCCUGUCACUGUUUGGCGACUUACGUUCUACGCAGAUGAUGGACUCGGAGACAGGCAACUGGAAGAUCCAUCUCCGUGGAGUCCGCGACCUUUUUGAGUCUAUGAUGCAGCCGAUUCAGCCAGUACCCACUCCUACCAUGACAACCCAAGCUUCUAAUAAAUCACCAGAGGUGCCAGAACUGUCACUGAAGCGCUUUCUUAUUUCGCUUACAGCGUAUCUUGAUGUUGCUGGUGCCGUUUCUUCGAAUGAAGGGACCGUUAUCGAAGGUCCUUAUUGGGAAUCUCAUGGUGGUGGCUGGCAAUAUAAUUUAGGUGUUUCUGGCACUUUGCCAGAAGAAUCGCGGAACGCCACCGUGUUAUCAGCACUUCGUCGUCACUGGUCGUUACUGAUGUGCAUACAAACUGAUAUUAGUUCGUUUGCGAAAGCCAAACGAGAAGGAAUGCCAAUCGAACUUCAAGAAACCUCCAGGGCGGGCCUCGAAACCCGACUUGCGUUGUGGAGGUCGAUGGUGCCUGAAUGCUUUUCGAUGAUUGACUCGGCGCUGGAAGACGACGUGAAAACUAACGGAAAUGACGAACUGCUCGAAGGCACCGCUUGCGUUGAGGCCUAUGAAAAGGCCACGAUUAUUUAUCUACAUCUGGUCUCUGUUUCCGGUGAACGUGUUUCCCGUACCCCACCUCCACACAUAACAGCAGCUUCCAAGCGUAUCAUUACUUUGUUCCGAUCAUUUGGGAGAGGCGUUGGCCAACUGGGGAUGCUCUGGGCUUUGUACAUUGCGGCCUUAGAGGCGAAUGAUCCCGCAGAUCAGGAAAUUUUGCGAGAAAUAUUCAUCGGCAUGUCGAGAUUUGGUUUCAAGAAUGUCACCAAAGCACUCGCGAUUUUGGAGAACGCCUGGCUGCAAAAAAGGUCUUUAGCCCAGUAUGAAUGGAUCUAUGCGCCGCAUCUGGAAACAUCGGUACUUCUACCAUGA